AUGGCGUUUUUCGCUGUCCGCUUGGUGUUCCUCCUGGUCGGGAACUUUGCAGGGAAGUUGGUAAUGAUAUUAAAAUAGUCCAAAGUGGACCAUGCUGAUGGAGCAGCUUACAGAAAAAAGGAUGGAGAAACACCUUAGUCUGGACACAUUAGAAAUUUCAGCUUUCUCUUUUUCUCUCUUCCUGUAUUUCUUAACAUGAUAUUUGUUGAUCCAUGUUUUCUGAGAGGACAUGUGGAAGAGACCCUAAUAAAUUUCUUGCUUUCUUGCCUUUUGUCCUUUGAGUUAAGUUUAUUGCCCAAUGAGUUGUGGAUUGCCUUAUUUAGGUGGAAAUAA